AAUGUCGAGUCUCGUAAAUAUCUGAGAGAAUUUUGUUCAAUCCUUGCAACAAACUCACAAAGUAAAGAUGCGUUAAAGAGAAAAAUAAUUUACAAAAAAUAAACAAACAAAAAAAAGUUUAUAAAGAGUGAACCGUAAAAGUUUGUCUCGAAAAAUAAACACAAAGGCAUUUAUUGAUUUUUCGUCAUCGAAAGAAAGUUCUGGAAAAAUGAGUGUAAUAAACGCAAUUGUUCCACGUUACGUGAUCGCAAAAUCGGUAAACUCGCUGCCGAAUCCGAUGGAUGAAUUUUUGCAGUUCAAAUCGGAGCCGCUCGACACGGAUGGCGAAUCGUCGUCGAAUGGCAGCACGACAGUGGGGCGUAAACGGAAGCUGGACCACUUGACGGUCGAGGAAAAAAUCCAGCGGAAAAAGUUGAAGAAUCGCGUGGCAGCUCAAACGUCACGCGACCGGAAAAAGGCAAAGAUGGAGGAGAUGGAAUGCAAAAUUGCCACGCAGGCAAAAGAAAUAAAGACACUCACCGAUACGUGCAAGCAACUGAAGAAGGAACGGAAUGAGUUGGAGAAGGUGUGCAAAGAUCUCGAGACACGUUGCAGCAACAUGGAGCGAAAAUUCCAGGAGCAACAGGAGAAACUCGAAGCGGCAAACGCAAAAACGGAACGUUCGAUUGGCUCCGCUACCAAAUUUAACGGAUCAGCAGUAUCCUAUAAUCCACAGCAGUUGGAGUUGGUAGCCGAGUCAAUCGUUCGUCGCGUGCAAGCAACAGCCGCAAACAACAGCUCGUCAAGUCAGAACAUCCAACGAAUCCUGAGCCUAAUCACCCUCUGCUUGGCAUACAAGACUGGAUCGAAGGAUGCGACGUCACGCAACUUGAGCAACUUGCCGACAGCCUACUGGGAGAUCUUGCAGCAGAAAUUGAAAAAGAUCAGUCCCGCAUCAAAGACGAAUGCAUUCCAGCAAGAGGAGAAGAAGUGGGAACCGCAACCGAUGGAAGCCGAACUACCGAUUAUCCUGAUGUAACACCAAAAGCCGCAACAACAGCAUUAAACCCCAUC